AUGAGUAUGAAGAUGCAGCAGAGCCACCACUCAGUGGCUGUAAGAUUUAAUGAGCAAAUUGGAAGUAAAAAAGGGUCCACAUUUAUUCAAGCCAAGAGGGAUUGGCUUCCUAAGUUUCUAUUGCUCUUUCUGUUGGUGGCAUUCAUCAGUAUGUUAAUCUACAAGGGAAUGGAUGCUGAUAACAAAGUUAGAAGAAAGGAAGUUCUGGGAAGUAUGUGUGACCAGAGGGCAAGGAUGCUUCAGGAUCAAUUUAGUGUCAGUGUCAACCAUGUCCAUGCUUUGGCCAUUCUCAUUUCCACUUUCCACUACUCCAAAAAUGUAUCAGCAAUUGAUCAGGAAACUUUUGCUGAGUACACAGCCCGAACAGCUUUCGAGCGGCCUUUGCUUAGUGGAGUGGCAUUUGCGCAAAGAGUGGUGCACUUUGAGCGAGAAAAAUUUGAGAAGCAGCAUGGGUGGACUAUAAAAACAAUGGAAAGGGAACCAUCACCUAUAAAGGAUGAGUAUGCGCCAGUCAUAUUUUCCCAGGAGACAGUUUCCUAUAUCGAAUCUCUUGAUAUGAUGUCUGGAGAGGAGGACCGUGAGAACAUUUUGAGGUCAAGAGAAACAGGUAAAGCUGUUUUAACGAGCCCUUUCAGGCUGCUGGGUUCUCAUCAUCUUGGAGUUGUGCUGACAAUACCUGUUUAUAAAACUAAGCUUCCUCUAAAUCCAACAAUGGAUGAACGAACACGAGCAACGGCAGGCUACCUUGGUGGAGCAUUUGAUGUGGAGUCGCUUGUGGAAAAUUUACUUGGACAACUUGCUGGAAAUCAGGCGAUUUUGGUGAAUGUAUACGAUGUCACAAACUACUCUGAUCCCCUAGUAAUGUAUGGUCAUCAAUAUGAAGAUGGUGACAUGUCUCUUUCACAUGAGAGCAAACUAGAUUUUGGAGAUCCAUUUAGGAAGCAUCAGAUGAUAUGCAGAUAUCAUCAGAAAGCACCAACAUUAUGGACGGCACUUACUACUGCAUUCUUAUUCUUUGUGAUUGGAUUGUUAGUGGGAUAUAUCUUAUACGGUGCAGCAACUCAUAUUGUUAAAGUGGAGGAUGAUUUUCAUGAAAUGCAAGAACUGAAAGUUCGAGCCGAAGCUGCUGAUAUUGCAAAAUCUCAGUUUCUCGCCACAGUCUCUCAUGAAAUAAGGACACCCAUGAAUGGCAUCCUUGGAAUGCUUGCUUUACUUCUUGAUACUGAGCUGAGUUCAACUCAAAGGGAUUAUGCUCAAACUGCUCAGGCCUGUGGAAAAGCACUGAUAGCGUUAAUAAAUGAGGUGCUUGACCGGGCAAAAAUUGAAGCUGGGAAGUUGGAGCUUGAAGCGGUUCCUUUCGACCUUAGAUUGAUACUAGAUGAUGUUUUGUCUUUGUUUUCUGAAAAGUCAAGACACAAGGGAGUUGAGUUGGCAGUAUUCGUUUCUGACAAAGUUCCUGAAAUUGUUAUGGGAGAUCCUGGAAGGUUCAGACAAGUAAUCACAAAUCUCGUGGGUAACUCUGUGAAAUUUACAGAACAUGGACAUAUAUUUGUCAAAGUUCAAUUAGCUGAACAAUCAAUGGUCUCUACGAAUAUCAAAUCUGAAACUCACGUGAACGGAAACUCAGAAGAUGGUGCAUCGCACAAUAAACAUCAGUUUGAAACCUUAAGUGGAUUUGAGGCAGCUGAUAAUCAAAACAGUUGGGACACUUUUAAGCACCUAGCAAAUGAGGAAUUUCAACCAAACGGUUCAAGCAAUCUCAUGGCUACAAAUGAAAUUUCUGAUAUUGUUACUGUCAUGAUAUCUGUGGAAGAUACAGGAAUUGGGAUUCCAUUAAGCGCACAAGGUCGGGUUUUUAUGCGGUUCAUGCAAGCAGAUAGCUCAACAUCCAGAAACUAUGGUGGAACUGGUAUUGGCUUAGACAUCAGUAAGUGUUUGGUUGAAUUAAUGGGCGGCCAGAUAAACUUUGUAAGCAAGCCUCAGGUUGGAAGCACAUUCUCAUUUACUGCUGUUUUUGGGAGAUGUGAGAAGAAAGCGACAGUUAACAUCAAAAAGUCGAAUUUGGAGGAACUUCCUUCUGCAUUUAGAGGAUUGAAAGCAGUUGUAGUUGAUGGGAAACCAGUUAGAGCUGCUGUUACCAAAUAUCAUUUGAAAAGGCUUGGCAUCCUGGUUGAAGUUGCCAGUAGUGUCAAGAUGGCUGCAGCUUUAUGGGGGAAAAAUGGAUCAGUUAGAUCAAGCAAUAUACUUCAGCCUGACGUAAUCCUUCUCGAGAAAGAUAUCUUUAUUUCAAAUGAGGAAUGUGGUUCUUCUAAUCUGCUUCAUCAACUAGACUGGAAGCAGAAUGGUCAUACCUUAAAACUACCAAAAUUGAUUCUUCUUGCAACCUGCAUGAGCACGGUGGAAUUUGAUAAAGCGAAGGAAAUGGGUUUCUCUGACACUUUGAUCAUGAAACCAUUGAGAGCAAGCAUGAUCGGUGCAUGUCUUCAACAGGUGCUUGGCUCAGGAAAGAAACGACAGCUGGGGAAGGACAUGGCCAAUGGCUCUAACUUUCUUAAAGGGCUGCUCUGUGGUAAGAAAAUAUUGGUCGUUGAUGACAAUAAGGUAAACCGAAGAGUUGCUGCAGGUGCUUUAAAGAAAUUUGGUGCCGAUGUAGAGUGUGUCGAGAGCGGGAAAGCUGCAUUGGCAUUGCUUCAACUGCCACACAGUUUUGAUGCUUGCUUUAUGGAUAUUCAGAUGCCAGAAAUGGAUGGAUUUGAAGCAACCCGAAGAAUCAGGAUGAUGGAGAGCAAGGAAAAUGAGGUACUGAUUAGGGAAUCAAAUGGCAAAGAAAAUGCAAGGAAAGAUGAGUGGCAUGUUCCAAUAUUAGCCAUGACCGCAGAUGUAAUUCACGCAACAUACGACGAGUGUCUGAAAUGUGGGAUGGAUGGAUAUGUAUCGAAGCCAUUUGAGGAAGAGAAUCUUUACCAGGCAGUUGCCAAGUUUUUCAAUACAAAGCCCAUCACUGAUUCAUGACACAUGGCCAUUGAACUCGACACAACUGUCAACUCCGACAUCAAAAGACACUUGUUCUGGGUUUGGUUUGUACAACAUUUUACAGGAGAUGCUCACAAGACUUGGUUUGAAGGAGUCAUGAUCAAUUAAAGGGGCCACCAUUUUUGACCAAAAUGCUGUACUUCUGGGCAUUAUUUGUACAUUAGCUAUUAGACCCUUCUGCUGCUUCCUUGUAUGUACUGUGCUGUAGGCCCUUUGAGUUGUGGCUUUUGGGCUGGGGGCUGCUGUAAGGGGUGUAAAUUUUUUUUAUUAUGAUUAUGAUUAUUUUUAUGCUUACAUUAAUCCCCAAAAAAGAAUCAACCUAAGAAACAUGAUCAACAUGACUAGUGUGUUCGUAUUUUGGCAUGUGUUGAAUGCUUGGACAA